AUGGGAACGACAAAGCUUCACACGCACCGAGUCCAGAUACUUGACCUGCCUCCGGAUGUCCAACUCGUGCUUACGUACAAUAGGCACAAUAGUUCAGGCGUGAAUCAUGCCAUCGUAUCCCUGCUCGCUGAGGAACUCCUCGUAGCUCUCCACGAAUCGAUGGAAGCAGGUGCCCAGGAAGUGAAUCUACUGCGAAUGCAGAACAUGGCCGAACGAGUCCUGGUCCUCAGCCCAGACGAUACCACGCUCGGCUAUUGUACUGGGGUCAUAGCCCAUGGCCUCGAGGGUAAAGAGGUCGCUGGCACGGAGGGCUGGAUAUGCAUCAGUAUUGGGAUGCGGUUUUGGGGCACCGGCGUGUGA